CGGUAAAAACGGUUCGAAACGGAAAUCGAAACAAAAAAGCGUAUACUCGCAAACCGCAGUUCGUGUCGCGUUUCGCUGCCGUGAUAACGUGUUAGUGUCUGUCGACGGGCGUAAGACGAAUAAGAUAUUAAUAUAGAGAAUAAAAACGGCCUCGACAGACGAUAAUCGCGAAUCGUUAAAAACACGAUUGGAGACGUCGUAGACCAGCCGAAACCAUUUUGUUCAAGUGACGGCGUUUCGUGUCGCGACAAAAUAGCUGUUGAUGCUGCCUACGCCGGAACGAGAGUAUUUGACUAGUACUGGAACUGUUGAUGAACUUAGCCUGCUGCUGUCGGUCUACAAUAAUGGGAAAACUAUUGAGCCUGUUAGCUCGAGACGAGAAUAGUUGCUGUUCUGCUCAACAGAAAUACGACAUUUUUUUAGAUUUUGAAAAUGCCCAACCUACUGAAAGUGAAAUGGAACUAUUUGACGAGGUCCAAAUCGUGCUUACCGAGGCCUCUGACGUGCUUUCCGACCUCAAACAUUACUUGGGCGCUGACCAAUACAUACGAGCAGCGAUUAAUAACCCAAGUGCCGAACAAAAUGCAUUGACAUGGGAAGCGUUAAUGCCUCGAAUUCGCACUUUGAGACGAUUCUAUUUUUUCUCACAAAAAAUAGCUUUCGUUGUACCUCAAAUUCUAACUGAAAUAUGUUCAGAUGAUAUAACCCCAUCUUUACACCUAGAAAAUCAACAAGCUCUAGUCAAACAAUUUUCCGAGAUCAUUGAGUUUGUGUUGAAGUUCGAUGAAUAUAAAAUCAGAACUCCAGCGAUUCAAAACGACUUUAGCUAUUACAGACGAGUGUUGAUGCGUGAAGGCGCAUCAGUGCAUUCGUUCACGGACCAAGAUGAAGAUUCUAACAGCAACUUGAACGUUGCCAACAAAGUGUCCUUGUUCUACGCAGAAGCAACGCCAAUGUUAAGAACACUGUCAAAUGUUACUUCACAAUUUUUGAACAAAGAUAAACGGCUCGUUGACUAUGCCAUUGAUAUGUUGAGUACCAUGGUAAAAGUGUGCAUACGCAUGUUGGAAACACCUACGGUUCAGUUCAGAAAACAGGAAACUCACCUAUUCAUGCUUCGCGUAUUAGUCGGCCUCAUCAUACUGUACGACCACGUGCACCCAAACGGAGCGUUCGUCAAAACUUCCAACAUAGACAUUAAAGGUUGUGUGCGGCUGCUUAAAGACCAGCCGGAAGAGUUUCAGACUGAAAACCUGUUGAACGCACUGAGGUACACUACAGCUCAUCUAAACGACCCGUCUACAUCAAAAACAGUCAGAUCCCUGCUCAUGGAGGCGUGAUUUUUAUUUUUUUUACAACAUUGCUCAACCCAAGAUCUGAUUUUUAUAAAAUCAUAUAUUUGUAUUAAGUAUUAUAUAAUUUAUUAUUUUAACAUGUAGUAUUAUUUUAUAAGUUAACGGAUACAUCAUGUAUAAUAUUGUGUUUUAAGAUAUAUUUUUUACUAUCCUGUUUUCACAACUAAGUGUAUUAGUAAAUCAGUACUUUUAUAUUAAGACUCCGCAGCUACAGUUUUAAUUAUUUACAGACAUAAGUCCAUCUCUCAUGUAUAAUAUAUUGUAUAGGUGUCUACUAUAAUAUGCAGUAUAUUUUAUAUAAUAUGUAUAAGUAAUACGUAUAAUAUGCGUUUAUUAUAAUUUAUAACUUAAUGUUUAAUUGUUUUAAGAUCAAAGCAAAAAGUUACGUAUACGGAACUAUCAACUAUAAUAGGUUAUAAUAUAUAGCCUAUUAUAAUAUAACUUAGGUAUAUUGCA